AGAGUUGCCUCUGCCGCAUUCUAUCGAUGUCGAUAUCCAGCCUCAUUUUUCCACCCACGUUUUUGUUAUAAUUUAAUAAGUUUUGCGGCCCGAGACCUAGUUUAUGUGGCGUCCCCGGCAAACUAGUGAUACGAGGCACUGCUAGAACAUCGGGGGAGAAGCGGAAACCUGAGUUUUUACCUAGUCGGUAAAAGCUGCGGUGCUCGAGUGCAUGCGAGUGUUGGAAUUCGCUAGUGUGAGGAGAAGAAUGUGUGUGUGCGUGUGACGGACGACCAAAAAAGCCGACAUCACCGCCCAUAUUUGUUGUUGAUUCAUUAAAACGCUGCACAUAUACGCACACAGAGGAGCCCCCAGCAAUGCGCCAGUGUUGGUGAGUUGGAGCAGCUCCCCAUCUCGCUCCCGCACGUCGCCACUGCCAGCCAGUCAGCCAGCCAGCCAGUCAGAAGAAACAGUUAGCUCAGAAAGAGCGCAGGGAGCGGUGGAAGAAGUCAACGGCAACGUCAUAAAAUUUGUCAUCGGUUUUUUUGGUUUUUUCAAACCAUAAUUAUAUCAGAGCACCAUGAUCCUGCUGGAAAUCAAUAACAGGAUUAUUGAAGAGACGCUCCUGGUGAAGUACCGCAAUGCUAAAGCCGGACUGAAGCCGGAGUCGAUAGACAUUAGAAUAGCAGACUUUGACGGGGUGCUCUAUCACAUUUCCAACGUCAAUGGCGAUAAAACGAAAGUGCGAAUCAGCAUAUCGUUAAAGUUCUACAAACAACUGCAAGAGCAUGGAGCCGACGAGUUGCUGAAGCGUGAAUAUGGUAGUCUGCUGACUGACACGGAAGAAGGCUACAAUGUGUCUGUACUUAUCAAUCUGGAGGAAAUACCAGAGGACUGGGAGCAAAUCGCCAAGAGAAUCGGACUGCUGAAGCGAAACUGCUUUGCCAGCGUCUUUGAGAAGUAUUUCGAUUUCCAGGAGCAGGGGGAAGAGGGCCAGAAGCGGGCCGUAAUUAACUAUCGCAACGAUGAGACUUUGUAUGUGGAGGCGAAGCCCGAUCGUGUCACCGUCGUCUUCAGCACCAUUUUCCGGGACGAGGACGAUGUCAUCAUCGGCAAAGUAUUCAUGCAGGAAUUGAGGGAAGGUCGCCGUGCCUCGCACACGGCGCCGCAAGUGCUCUUCUCGCAUCGGGAACCGCCACUGGAAUUGGCCAAUACGGAUGCCAGAGUGGGCGACAACAUUGGCUAUGUCACAUUUGUGCUCUUCCCACGACACACCAACAAAGAAACAAGGGACAAUACCAUCAACCUAAUACACAUGUUCCGAGAUUAUUUGCACUACCACAUCAAGUGUUCAAAGGCUUAUAUCCAUUCGCGCAUGCGUGCAAAAACCUCGGACUUCCUGAAGGUUCUAAACCGUGCCAGACCCGAGCCCAAAAAUACGGAGAAGAAAACUAUAACGGGGAGAACAUUCAAACGCAUUGAAUGAUGUGUUCAGUAUACUUAGUUGCUUUUAUAUAAAUUUAAAAAACAAAA